AUGCUAAUGCUACGACCCGCAUGGAGGAACGUCAUUGCGCGGUCCCAGAUCGCCAGUAGACAGUCGCCCGUCUUGCAGACCUUCCAGCAGGCUGGCCCUGUGCGGAUCCAGCGCCAGCUGCCGCGCUUUCUUACUGGCCAGUCUGGGCCGCCCACGCCCGGCAACGAUACGCCCAACCCUGUGGACGAUGCCACCGAGAGCCAAGAGGACGAGGAAAGAGAAGCACGGAAAGAGAAAUGGCAAGGGACUGCUUUCAAAAUGUUCGAGGCUGCGGCCACCACAGGAGCGAGUAUCUUCAUCCUAGCUUGUGUUGGCAUCACGUACACCAAGUACUACAAGUGGAAUGUCUUGGAGAAGAUGGAAAACGCAUUCCGAGAAGGUGAUCCGGUGCUCGACCUAGCUGCAACUGGAAAAGAGAUUCCUAGAGACCCUUCACGCAGCGAGAUUGGAAAAGGAAACGACGAAGGCUACGACCGAUGGAUUGAACGUGACGAGCAGGACAAGAUCGACAAGAUCAUCAGUGGUGAGACAAAAGGCCGCUACCACCUGCUCUUGGGCGAGAAGGGAACCGGUAAGAGCUCCAUGCUCAUCGAUGCCAUGUCCAAGGUCAAGGGCGAAGGCUGCUCCAUGAUGGAAGCCCACGCAGAUCUCGAAGUCUUCCGUGUCAGGCUCGGCCGAUGUCUUGAUUUUGAAUACCACGAAGACAACAUCGGCUCGCUAUUCUCUAUACGAGGUCCCCGCGACGCCGGUGCCAUCCUUGACAUUGAACGCGCCUUCAACAAGCUGGAGAAGGUUGCACUUCGACGCCGCGCAAGACUAGGCCGCCCACUUAUCCUCAUCAUCAACCAAACCCAUCUGAUCCGCGACGACGAAGACGGCCGCGACCUCCUCGAGCUUAUUCAGCAACGCGCCGAACAAUGGGCGGCCUCUAACCUCGCAACAGUCAUCAUCAACUCAGACAAGUACUGGGUCUUCGAGCGCCUCAAGCAGUACGCCACACGCAUGGAAGUCCACCAGAUCAAGGACCUGACCAAGGACCGCGCCAUGCAAGCUCUCCGCAACUACCGCAUGAAGUACUGGGACGAGCGGACGCCAAAUCCUGUGCUCGAGGAAGUGUACGACAAGAUAGGAGGCCGUCUUACCUUCCUCAACCGUGUAGCCAAGUCGGAAGACAUGCUAGCGAAAUGCGACCAUAUCUGCGAAAUGGAGAAGAUCUGGUUCCUAAACAACUGCGCCAUCUUAGGCGAAGAAAUGGACGACGACGUCAUGGACCAGCAAAAAUACGCUUCGACAGCCAUGGUCCUAGCCAACGCCCUCUACCACCGCUACAACGAAAUGGACAGCACCUACGACUCGAAAAUCGGGCACAUCCUGCCCGAAUUCCCCCUCCACCGCGCACGCUUCAUAAUGACGCGCUCCGACUUCAUCCGCCAGCACCACGAGCUCAGCAUCUUCGCAAUCGACAGCCACGCCAUGGUCCGCGCAGACUCGGUCCCCAUGCAGCGCGCCUUCAACGAACUCUGCGCCGAGCCUGGGUUCGAGAAGUUCUUGAACGCUACCCUGGAUCGCAUCAGUGAUAUUGAAAGUCUCGGCCGCACCAAGGAACUCACGUUCAAGGAUCUGUGGGAGGGGGGGAAGUAUAGACUUACGACUAGGGAUAAGAGUGGGGUCGUUAGUGGGAGUGUCGAGAUGGAGAGUGUGGAGAAGCCGGGGGAUGAUGACGGUGAUGACAAUGAUGAUGGUGAGGACGAGGACUGA